AGUCAGCACUGAUGGUGGAUUGUACUGCAACACGCUUGGAUGCAUAAUAGUACUAAUAAAAGAUAAAGUACUGAGGACCGACACCAACAAAGCAGCGAUGCGAUUGGUCAGCGUGUCGGGGGCGCGGCCCCGCAGGGCGGCGGAGGAGGAGAACAAGGAGAACAAGGAGCCCGCGCCGCCCCCGCCCCCCUCCCACCACUCCAGCCACCAGUUUGAAAGCAUGAAGAAUAAGUUCUUCAACGAAUUCACACACUUGCCCAACCAUAAACUCCAUUUGCCCAUGUGGGCAGUGGGUGCCAUUGUGGUGGUGGUCCUGGUGCUGGUGCUCUGCAUGUGCUUCUGCCUCUACAAGAAGUGCUUCAACAAGGGCAAGAAGCCCAAGAAGGUCAGAGAGAGGAAGGGCGGGCGAGGACGCAAGAAGAAAGACGCCGAAGGAGAGGGAGGAGAGGAGAAGAAGGAAGGAGAAGAAGGUAAACAAGAGGAGGAGAAAGAGAACUUUGGCAAACUGGAGUAUACGCUGGACUACAACUUCACAGACAACCAGCUGAUAGUAGGCAUCCUGCAGGCUCAGGACCUGGCCGCCAUGGACAUGGGCGGGACCUCAGACCCUUACGUGAAAGUCUACAUGCUGCCUGACAAGAAGAAAAAGUUUGAGACCAAAGUCCAGCGCAAGAACCUGUGCCCCGUUUUCAACGAGACCUUCACCUUCAAGAUCCCCUACACGGAGUUGGGCGGUCAGACUUUGGUGCUGCAGGUCUUCGACUUCGACCGCUUCGGCAAACACGACGUCAUCGGCGAGAUCAAGAUUCCCAUGAACUCUGUGGACCUGGGCCAGCCCAUCCACGAAUGGAAGGACCUGAUCGGAGGCGAGAAGGAAGAGGCAGAGAUACUUGGAGACAUUUGCAUUUCUCUUCGCUACGUUCCUACGGCCGGCAAGCUGACCGUGAACAUCAUGGAGGCCAAGAAUUUGAAGAAGAUGGACGUUGGAGGACUGUCAGAUCCUUUCGUCAAAGUGGUGCUGCAGCACAACGGCAAGCGUCUGAAGAAGAAGAAGACGUCGGUGAAACAAAACACUUUGAAUCCAUAUUUCAACGAGAGCUUCAGCUUCGAGAUCCCCUUCUCCCAGAUCCAGAAAGUGCAGGUGGUGAUCACCGUGUACGACUACGACAAACUGGGAAGCAACGACCCCAUCGGGAAGUGCUGGAUCGGCUACGGCGCCUCGGGCGUGGGACUGCGCCACUGGUCCGACAUGUUGGCCAACCCCAGGCGUCCGGUGGCCCAGUGGCACACCUUGCAGUCCGAGGAGGAAGUCGAUGCUGCUCUGAAGGCACCCAUUCGCUAACACGCUCAGUCGGUAUUAGAAAUGUCCGGAAUCGUCACACAUCGUUUAGUAUUUUGGAAAAUAUUUGAAGAACGUUCCGUCUUUAGACGUUUUCACUCUCCAGUAUUGCAGUGGUUCUCAACUGGCACCACCAUAAUGACCAACAUUAAAAUACAGUAGCGUCGUAGGCCUAAGUCAGGGGUGUGGCCCGCAGGUCAUUUUUUUAACGGCCCCACGGCACAUUUUAAAAAUACGAUUGAAAAAAAUUAAAAACAUGAUAAGUGGUAUAAAAGAGCAAACAGGUGAAAUGUAACAAGAAAAUGUCGCAAUGUUUACUCUAAUAACACAAAGAUGCCAUGCAGGCUGUUUCUUUCUUUAAAAAAAAAUUAUGAUUCAAAAUGAAUGUCAUUAUGAAUUAUUGACCCAUUCAAGGCUCCAAUUACGUCACAUUUGAGAUAUUUUUGGGGAAAAUGUUGCAUAUUUUGUGUUUGCCAUAUAAAAAACUGAGCUGUUUUUUUUAAAAUGGCCUAAAACGAACAAACGAAAAACAUAAACAAUAAAACGUAUAAUUGACGGAUAGAUCUGAAGUUGAUCUCGAGAUUAUUGUGCUAAAAGUAAACAGUAAAAAAAUAUAUAUAAUUAAUUUUUUAACACUACAAUUAUUUUGAUCCCCAAUAAUUUUAGUGUGAUUUUUUUUUUAAAGUGUC